AUGGAUUUACCCAGUCACGCCCGGAAGCAACAUUGUCAUCGUCUUCGAACACAAAAUAUUCGCUCGGUGAACGAAAUUAACUCUACAACAGCAUCAAUAACAACAAGCAAUAAUAGUGAUAAUGAUAACAAUGACCCACCCGUUGGUAAUUGUCAAGUCAAUUGUUCAUUAAAUGGUAGAGCCCGUACCAUUGAUGGUUAUACUGAAUUUUGUCACUGUGAUUUAAAAUAUCAAGAAUAUUGUGGCGAGAAAUUUGAAUUUAAUAAUCAAUUAUCCACAUAG